AUGUGCUGGAUUCAAGGCGCCAUGGUCUUUGAGACCUGCGGCCACGAGCUUGUCAACGUCCUCGAGAGUGAUGUCAAAUACUGCCCCUGGGCCUCUGCCAAGCGCAUGGCUUGCCCCGAGUCAAUGUGUGAGAACGAGGAGAGCUCACUUCGCAAAGUCCCUAACCUCUGCGAAAGGUGCAUUGCCCAAAAGGCAAAGAAGGACAGCAAGUUGAGUAGUAAACUCAGCAUUAAGCUCGGCCUCAGGAGGGUAGCCCUUCUGCUGCUGACGCUUGAAUGGAGCCGGAACUUGAAUUGCACAAGGAAAUCCGUCAGCCUCUCUACAUACGCACUUGCUGCCAAGUCUCAUAAAUACCGAAAUUCCGCAAUCAUCUUGACACCAGCGCAGGCGAAAAUGGAGUCUCUGGAGCAGAUGCAGGCGCGGCAUCGCAAAGAGCUCAAGGAUCUGCAGGGGCGCAUCACCAGCAAGAAAAAGAACGCGACAAAAAAGACGCGGAAGGGUGUCAACGAUGAGUGUGCAGAACUCGAACGCCAAAUGAAAGAGCGACACGAGUCCGAAACGAAGCAACUAAAUGGAACGGCGGAAGAAGAGGAAGCAGCCAAUUCCGAAGAUGAGCCUGCCGUCGACGACACGAGGCAAAAUGGCGAAAGCGAAGUGCCAUCAAACGAAAAGGCAUCUGCAGAGGUGAACGGUACACAGCCGUCGCCGCCACCGCAGCAGCAAGUGGGGAAGAAACGCAAUCGGCAAAAGGAGCGUAUGGCGAGACGCGCAGCCGAGCAGGAGGCUGCUGCCGAAGCGGCUGCCGCUGAGGCUUCCAACAUGGUGGACCACCGAUCCAACGAGGCGGCACAUAUGGCGCGGGAACUGGCCACCCACUCCCUCGUCGAAAAGGAGAUUGCACCCGACGGCCAUUGCCUGUUCUCCGCCUUUGCAGACCAGCUCUCGACACUCUCCAUCCCACUACAGCAGGCACCCGGCGCCGGCGAUGACAGUGCACCUCCCUACCGGAUCGUGCGGCGGGCGGCCUCGUCGUACAUUUCCGACCACGCCGAAGACUUUGCCCCGUUCCUGGAAGAGCCGCUGGACGACUACGUGCGCAAGAUGCGCGACACGGCAGAGUGGGGUGGGCACAUGGAGCUGCUGGCACUGGCGAGCACGUAUAACGUCGAAGUCCGUGUUAUUGCUGACGGCCGUACCGCGGUUGUGCAGCCAAAGGAGCCAAAGGAGGGCGAGCCCGCCAGGCAGGUGUGGCUGGCAUACUACAGGCAUGGCUUUGGCCUUGGGGAGCAUUACAACUCGCUGAGGAAGAAGCCGCCACUGCUCAACUGGGUGGCGGUAAUCAACGAGCAAAGACAGCAAUGCGAUCAUGCACGACUCCGUCGGCAACACCAGAACUAUGGGUGCGAGACGGCACGACUAGUUCCAAUCUUUGAAGUCCACCCUGUUCGACAGCCUUGGGCAUCGCAUCCUCCGGAAUCUUGCCAUCGGCUUCAUAUUCCACCUUUUCACCAGGCCGAGAGAGAUGCGCAAUGUAGUGCUCAGGCAAGACACCCCAUGGAGGGCCGCCCGUUGACCACGGCUUCGCGGUUGGCCAUUGUAGGCAAACCAGUCGGCCCUCGGGAGCCAGGAGGCCCGCCAUUCUUUGUGCCCACGCGGGUCUGGCAGAGAUGGGAAGGGCACAGAAGAACUGGCGAGAAUUGGUCAACAAUUGGGUAA